AUUAUUUGAUUCAAGCACAGAAUACCAAAGAUAACAUCAUGGAGUGGGCACCAACACAGGAAGGGCUUUCACAGCUGUUACAGCUGCUUAAAGAUUCAGUCUCCUCAAAUAACGAAAUUCACACCAUGAUACAACAAAAACUCGAUUCAUUUAAUAAAAUACCCGAUUAUCCAAAUUACCUUGUCUACAUUCUUACUCAAAUGCCACAAGAAGAGGCAUCAACUCGUGCAAUCGCAGGUUUACUUUUAAAAAACAUUAUCCGCGUGCAUUUUUCGUCAAUUCUAAGUGAGGUGCUCGCAUAUGUAAAGACAUUAUCGAUUAAGGGAUUAGGAGAUCCAGAUGUUAUGGUCCGAGGUAUUAUCGGAAAUGUUAUUACCACAAUCGUAACGAGAGGAGGUUUGGCGGAUUGGCCGCAAGUCUUACCGAGUUUGAUGGAGUUAUUGGACUCUCCAGACUAUAAUGUUGUAGAAGGCGCAUUUGGUGCAUUGCAAAAAAUUUGUGAAGAUUCUGCACGGGAACUUGAUCAGGAUAUUGAAGGAACACGACCACUUAAUUACAUGAUUCCAAAAAUAAUUGCAUUCUUUGAUUCUCCACAUGUAAAAAUUCGUGUAUACGCAAUAUCAUGCAUAAACCAAUUCAUUCUUAUGCGAUCGAAUUCUCUUUUCAUUCAUAUUGAUGCAUUUGUGGCGGCUCUCUUCAAAAGAGCCGGCGAUGAAAAUCCAGAGGUCCGUAAAAAUGUUUGUCAAGCUCUGGUAAUGUUGCUUGAGGUACGUCCUGAUAAGCUUAUGCCUGAAAUCAAUAAUGUUGUGGAAUAUAUGCUCUACUCCACUCAAGAUCAAGACGAACAAGUUGCGCUCGAGGCAUGCGAAUUUUGGUUAGCAUUUGCAGAACAAGAAGAGCUUCGGGAGCAUUUGCGCCCAUUUCUUGAUAGAAUUGUCCCUGUAUUGUUAAAAGGCAUGGUGUAUAGCGAAAUGGAUAUCUUGACUCUUGGAGGGGAUGAAGAUGAUACCGACGUUCCUGAUAGCGUAACAGAUAUUAAACCUCGUUUUCAUCGGGCAAAAACACACACAUUUGAACGUACAGAAACAAACGGUGCAGCUGCAUUGGAUGUACUUGCUACCGUUUUUGGUAAUGUAUUGCUGGAAAUUUUAUUGCCAUUCUUAAGAGAACAACUGUUUCACCAAGAAUGGAAACACCGAGAAUGUGGAAUCCUAGCUCUUGGAGCUGUUUCAGAAGGAUGCAUGGAAGGAGUGGAACCUCAUUUACAAAAUUUGGUCCCUUAUCUUAUCCAAACUCUUAAUGACCCCAAGCCUCUUGUCCGUUCAAUCACGUGCUGGACCUUGGGCCGUUAUUCUCGAUGGUGUGUAAAUCCUUCCAGUACACCACAAGAUAGAUCAAAAUAUUUUGAACCUUUGUUAGUUGGGCUCUUACACAGGGUUCUUGACAACAAUAAGCGUGUUCAAGAGGCAGCUUGUAGUGCCUUCGCUACUCUUGAAGAAGAAGCUUGCGAGUUGCUCAUUCCUUAUUUGGAUCCAAUUCUUCGGAAUCUUGUUUUUGCUUUCACUAAAUAUCAACACAAAAACCUGCUCAUUCUUUAUGAUGCCAUUGGUACCUUAGCCGAUUCAGUUAGUGGAGCACUUAAUAAAAAAGAGUAUAUAGACAUCCUUAUGCCGCCACUCAUCGAAAAGUGGCACUUGCUCAAGGAUGACGACAGAGAUUUGUUUCCAUUGCUGGAGUGUUUGUCGUCUGUCACAACAGCUCUUGGAUUAGGAUUCCAGCCUUUUGCACAACCAGUUUUUGAACGUUGUGUCAAAUUGAUCCACAAUACCUUGCUUCAAUACCAACUUCACCAACAAAAUCCAUCAUUGGACAUGCCGGAUAAGGAUUUUAUGAUUGUUGCCUUGGAUUUAUUAAGUGGUUUGACACAAGGAUUAGGAAAUCAGAUUGAGGGUCUUGUAUCCAGCAGUUCUCCGCCAUUAUUAUCUUUGCUAAGCGUCUGCUUAACAGAUCCUGUCGCUGAGGUUCGACAAUCCGCCUACGCGCUUUUAGGCGAUCUGUCAAUUGCUUGUUUCACUCAUAUCAAACCUUAUCUUAAUCAAUUCAUGGUCGAUCUGAUUAGUCAAGUCGAUCCAAAUGCUGAACACGUUAGCGUUUGUAAUAAUGCAGCAUGGGCAGCUGGUGAAAUCGCAUUGCAAUGCGGUUCUGAAAUGCAACCAUGGAUUCCUCCUCUGUUGGAACGAUUGAUUCCUCUUCUGAUAAGUGAAACUACCCCUAGAACUCUUUUGGAAAACGCUGGAAUUACUAUUGGCAGGCUAGGUUUGGUAUGCCCACAAUUGGUUGCACCACAUCUAGAUACAUUUUCUGAAGCUUGGUGUAAAGCUUUGAGGUCAAUUCGUGAUAAUGACGAAAAAGAUACCGCUUUUCGAGGCCUAUGCGAGAUGAUUCAAGUUAACCCCAAUGGGAUUGCGAAGAGCUUCCUAUAUUUUUGCGAUGCAGUCGUUCAAUGGCAACAGCCUCCAGACGAACUAAAUGAAAUAUUUCGUAAGAUCCUGAACGGUUUCAAGCAAAUGAUGGGCCCUAAUUGGGAAGC